CACCUGGCGCGGGAAGCCGUGGCCGCCCCUCGGUUCUGCCAUCAAGAGGACGGGCUCUGGGAUCAGGCUGGGGGCCCGGCACCUGGCCGGAGUAGGCCUGCCUGUCCUUAGCUGUAGAAUGGACAUCACCGCGUGAAGCUUCUCUGCGAGUCAAGUCUCCUAGAAUAGUGUCUGGCACACGUGAUUGUCACGGGUAGCGGCCUCGAAAAUUCUGAGCUGUGUAGCACUAGGAAGUGAAACUUCAGAAGAGAGCAGACUCUUAAGAAUACAUUUGGCUCAUCACCAUGCGGUUAGGAAAACCAAAGGGAAGUAUUUCUCGGAGCUCGAGCCAAGGAAAAGCCUGUGAAAACCCACGCAAAACAGGCAGGCAGCGGCAAAAAUGGGGAAUGACUGUUCGAUUUGACUCAAGCUUGAGUAGACUGCGAAGAAGCUUGGAUGAGAAACCUUAUAAAUGUACUGAAUGUGAAAAGAGUUUUAGUCAGAGCUCAACCCUUUUUCAACACCAGAAGAUUCACACUGGAAAGAAAUCCCAUAAAUGUGCCGAUUGCGGAAAAAGUUUCUUUCAGAGCUCUAACCUCAUUCAGCAUCGGCGGAUCCAUACCGGGGAAAAACCCUAUAAAUGUGAUGAGUGUGGAGAAAGGUUUAAACAGAGCUCAAAUCUCAUUCAGCACCAGAGAAUUCAUACUGGAGAAAAACCCUAUCAGUGUGAUGAGUGUGGCCGAUGUUUCAGCCAGAGUUCCCACCUUAUUCAACAUCAGAGAACCCACACAGGGGAGAAGCCCUACCAAUGCAGUGAAUGUGGCAAAUGCUUCAGCCAGAGCUCUCAUCUUAGGCAGCACACGAAGGUGCACAAAGAAGAAAAACCUCGUAAAACCCGAGGCAAAAAUAUUAGGUCAAAAACUCACUUAGUGUCAUCCUGGAAAGCUGGUACAGGUAGGAAGUCAGUGGCUGGUCUCCGCUAAACUAAGUAAAGGGCACUGCUUCAACCUUCUUUUAAAAAUGAAUAAAUACAAGCUAUCUCUUUUAGAACUGGAGAUAUUUUGUAAUAGACCACUUAAAUACUGUAUCCUUUCCUAGCAUGGAGACAUUGGAUAUUUGCUGACAUUGGGCUGAAAGAAACUAUGAGUCCACCUGUUCUCUUUCUCUCUCUCUCUCUCUCUCUCUCUUUUUUUUUUUUUAUGUAACUUGGAGUACAAAAAACUGAAACUAUGUUUUGAGAGACUUUAAGAUCUUGAACUCCUGUGAUAUUGCUUCCUGCAUCAUUUUGACAAAAACAACCAUGUUUUUGAUGACACAUGUAAAAGUGCAGGUAUUCUGGUGACUCCUCAGUUUUAGGAUUUUCUGUGAAAGGAGUAAUUAAAAGGGAGAAGAAAUUAAUUCCAUUAGUUUGGAAGUUCUGCGACCGAUGAGGAGAUUUUAUGUUUGUAAAGUUUUGUAGUAUAUUAACCGUUGGUUUGUAAGUAUGACUCCAGAUUGAACAUAACAACAUGUAUUCAUGUUCAGAUUUUUAAUCAACAAUACCCAUCACUUUGUUAGCUUUUUUUGUUGUUUUUUUCCCUACUGCUUAUGGACAGUUAUUAAAGGAAUUUCCCUCUUUUUCACCAAAUUCUUAGUAAGAGAUACUCUAGAAGCCAAAGUGAAAACAAUUAGACCACAAGUCUCCUAUUCCUAGGAGCACAAUUCUUUGAGGUGGUGUUAUACUGUUAUCACUUGUUUUCCAGAAAUUGGGGUGGAUUUAUGUUGAUCUAUCCCCAUGCCUCUGUCUUUUGGCAUUCUUUUAUGCUCUGACAAAUGGAGCUAGCCUUUUAGAUCUACAUGAAUAAGAAUCAAACCAUAUUAUACCAACACCUCUCCACUUGUUAAUUAGAAAUCUACAAUUUACACACUUCCCUGUGUACCCCCUUUGAGAGUUUUAGAUAACACUGGUUAUCUUAAAUGUUUGUCAACAGUGAAAAUCAUUUAAAGUGUUGAUGCAUUGUAGCUCAAUGUGUAGAUUUUGAAAUGUAAGCUAACUUUCUCUGAUUUAAUAUGAAUUAUUUAUGAAGUCAAGCAUACAUGUUUCUUAACUUUCAUCAGAACAGUGCCAAGAGUCAGACUUUCUGAUCAGCCUUCAGCUCAGGUUUUAAUUUCUAUUGAAUGCUAACAUUCUUCUGAUUUUUUUUGUAUCUUUUAUAAUCAUACCAGUUCCUGCUGUAUUAAUGACAGUUAUCCGUAAAAAUAAAACAAAAUGGAAUAUUUUGCAUACUA